CGCUCUGGCGCAAAGUUCUCUCACCCUGUCGGAACGCCUAGGCCUAUCCCACCGAGAACCAACCAGAAUGCCGCGAUACCUGCUGCAGGAGUCCGUCGACCGCCUGGCCGCGAUGGCCGCACCGCCCGCGGCCAUGGCCGGCGGCGGCGGGGCCGUGCACACAGACACGCUGCUCAUCCUGACGGCGGUGCUCUGCUUCCUUCUCUGCGUGGUCGGGCUAGCCAUGGUCGCGCGGUGCUCACGGCUCUGCAAUCCCUCCGUCUUCUCCGACGACGCGCCGGGGGCAAUGGUGUCCAAGGCGCCAUGCAAGGGGAUCAAGAAGAAGGCGCUGCAGCAGCUGCCCACGGUGUCAUGGAGGCCAGAACACGGGGAGAAGGGCGAGGAGGAUGGGGAGGUGCCGGAGUGCGCCAUCUGUCUCGCCGAGUUCGCACGCGGCGACGAGGUGCGCGUGCUCCCGCCGUGCGGCCACGGCUUCCAUGUCGCCUGCGUCGACGUCUGGCUCCUCUCCAGCUCCACCUGCCCCUCCUGCCGCCGCGCCCUCGUCGUCGUCGCAGCGCCGCCACCCGCCGAGCCUCCCGCGACGUGCUCGUGCGCCGCCGCGGCGCAGGUCUCGUCCACCGCCCGCUGCUGGCCGUUGGCGCCGUAGUCGACGAACGACACCGGCCGUUGCGCGUCCACACGGCCUUGUCAUUUCGCUGCUAGCGUAUUCUCGAUGCACACACGUACAAAGUCGCUCACGUACAUAGCAUACGUCCAACUAGCUACUAGCUCUUGAAUUAGUUUACGUCGUCCAUUUCUCAUGAGUCCUGUCCUGCGUCCAGCUGGUUCGUACUCCUUCAGUAAGUACAAAAUGCAACUGUACAGUGUGCGACGAUGCACGGAUCACUUAGUUGCUGUCGGUAAUAAUCUGUAGCAUUUUCAUCUGUGAAUACAUACACGUAGAUCAGCUGCAGUAAGCAUUUCCUUCCUU